AUUACUCAAAUUGUUUUAAAAUCAACAACCUUGACAGGAGCCAACUUCUUUGUUAUCAACAGAAGCCUGUUAUUUGGUAUGGCAAGUGCUAUUGUAACCUACGAAAUAUUCCUCUUUCAAUCAAAAAUUGACAUCGACUAGAAAACAAUCAAACUGUCUAAAAUAAAUCCCAGUUAUAUGUCAAAAUAUAUUUUCAAAACCUCCUCACAAUGUUCCCAAAUUUACGUAUAACCUUGCCAAACUUAGUGAAGUCGUUAACGACCCAGAAACGGAGCUAUUCCUGCGAGAACAGCUUUGCAAAAUGCAAAGUGGGAUUGGUGACAGGAGGUGCAGGUAAUUUGGGCACCCAUUUCGCCCACUUGCUCCUGAAGAGCGGCGCCAAGGCCGUGGUGAUCGCCGACAUCGCCGACAUAAAGCAGAAGCCCCAGAUAUGCGACCUGAUGAAAACUUAUGGCAGCGACAAAGUCGAGUACAAAGUGGUCGACAUCACCAACAAGGAUACGUUACGCAAAGCCUACAAGUCCAUAAUUUACUAUCACGGACAACUGGACUUCGUCAUCAACUGUGCCAGACACAUGUCCAUCGACAACUGGGAGAGGGAUAUUUGCGUCAACAACUACGGUAUGCUGUUGAGCACGUUCAUGGGUAUGGAGUACAUGGGUAACCAGGCCUGCAAAGGAAUCGGCGGCACCAUUGUUAAUGUUGGAAGUAUGGCUGGCGUCCAACCUUUCUAUCCGGUACCCGUCUAUACAGGUUCCCAACAUUUCCUGGUGCAAUUCGUAAGGUCCAUAGGCCAUGAUUUCUACUUCUACAAGUCCAACGUUCGUAUUAUGGGCUUCCUCACCGGUGGUAUAUGCAGAGCGGGCAAAACCAGUCCCUUGUCUGAGCCCAUGAAGAAGGAUUCACCCUGGAAGUGCAUCGCCGAUUUGCAGGGACUUGUUGACCAGGAGUUGAAGAAGGUCAAGAUGUACGACCCGAAAAUUUACGAGGACGCCCUCGAUGUCGUGAUGACUGAUGGAAGAAACGGAGACAUUUGGGUUGCUGAAGGGAUAGAAUUGUACAAGGUUUUGCCGUACACCAGGGAAAAGCUCAGGGCCCAGUAAACGAUUAAAAUCAUGUUUGUCUAACUCUUGAAUGGUGCUUAAAGCCACGUCUUAACUUUAAAUUGUUUAGUUUGAUGAAUGCCGGAGAAAAGCUCAAGGCCAAAUAAUAUCUAUAAAUUUUGUUUUGUAAUUUUUGGUCCAAUAAAGUCUUGAUGAUUA